AGUGAAAAAGACACCCCGAGAGCUUGGCAGAGGACGUGUAGGGCCUGGAAGGCAUGGUGCUGGUCCCCUUGGUGCUCACAGACUAGCUGGAGGCACAGAUCAUGUGUGUGUCGCUGCAGCUCCUGGGAAAGGCUCUGACACGGCCAUGUGUCCACCAGGGCAAAUUAAUUCCUACAUAGUGGACGCUGACGGCCGAGGGGAUGUUGAGGACAAGAGCAGCUGGUGUUGGGCGGGGCAGAUCAUGGCAUGCCCCUCGGAGGAGAUUGACAAGUAUCUCUAUGCCAUGCGGCUCUCCGAUGAAACUCUGAUAGACAUCAUGACUCGUUUCAAGAAGGAGAUGAAGAAUGGCCUCUCCCGAGAUUUUAAUCCAACAGCCACAGUCAAGAUGUUGCCAACAUUUGUAAGGUCCAUUCCUGAUGGUUCAGAAAAGGGAGAUUUCAUUGCCCUGGAUCUUGGCGGGUCUUCUUUUCGAAUUCUGAGGGUGCAAGUGAAUCAUGAGCAAAACCAGAAUGUUCACAUGGAGUCCGAGAUUUACGACACCCCGGAGAAUAUCGUGCACGGCAGUGGAAGCCAGCUUUUUGAUCAUGUCGCCGAGUGCCUGGGGGACUUCAUGGAGAAAAAAAAAAUCAAGGACAAGAAAUUACCAGUGGGAUUCACAUUUUCUUUCCCUUGUCGGCAGUCCAAGAUAGACGAGGGCAUCCUGAUCACCUGGACAAAGAAAUUUAAAGCAAGUGGAGUGGAGGGGAUGGAUGUGGUGAAGCUGCUUAACAAAGCCAUCAAGAAGCGCGGGGACUACGACGCCAACAUAGUGGCUGUGGUGAAUGACACAGUGGGGACCAUGAUGACCUGUGGCUAUGAUGACCAGCAGUGUGAGGUCGGCCUCAUCAUUGGCACUGGCACUAAUGCAUGCUACAUGGAGGAACUGAGGCACAUUGACCUGGUGGAAGGCGAUGAGGGGAGGAUGUGUAUCAACACGGAGUGGGGGGCCUUCGGGGACGACGGGUCCCUGGAAGACAUCCGCACCGAGUUCGACCGGGAGAUAGACCGGGGCUCUCUCAACCCUGGGAAGCAGCUGUUUGAGAAGAUGGUCAGUGGCAUGUACCUAGGGGAGCUGGUUCGACUGAUACUGGUCAAGAUGGCCAAGGAGAGCCUGUUAUUUGAAGGGCGGAUCACACCGGAGCUGCUCACCAGGGGAAAGUUGAAGACCAGUGAUGUGUCAGCCAUUGAGAAGAAUAAGGAAGGCCUCCACAAUGCCAAAGAAAUCCUGACCCGCCUGGGAGUGGAGCCAUCUGAUGAUGACUGUAUUUCAGUCCAGCACGUGUGUACCAUUGUCUCAUUUCGCUCCGCGAACCUGGUGGCUGCAACGCUGGGCGCCAUCUUGAACCGCCUUCGAGAUAACAAGGGCACACCCAGGCUGCGGACCACGGUUGGUGUCGACGGGUCUCUUUACAAGACGCACCCACAGUAUGCCCGGCGUUUCCACAAGACUCUCAGGCGCUUGGUCCCCGACUCCGACGUGCGCUUCCUCCUCUCUGAGAGCGGCAGCGGCAAGGGGGCCGCCAUGGUCACUGCGGUGGCCUACCGCCUGGCCGAGCAGCACCGGCAGAUAGAGGAGACCCUGGCCCACUUCCGCCUCACCAAGGAUAUGCUGCUGGAGGUGAAGAAGAGAAUGCGGACCGAGAUGGAUAUGGGCCUGAGGAAGCAGACGCACGAAAAGGCCGUGGUGAAGAUGCUGCCCUCCUUUGUCCGGAGCACUCCAGACGGGACCGAGCAUGGUGACUUCUUGGCCCUUGAUCUUGGAGGAACAAAUUUCCGUGUCCUACUGGUGAAAAUCCGCAGUGGGAAAAAGAGAACGGUGGAAAUGCACAACAAGAUCUAUGCCAUUCCCAUUGAAAUCAUGCAGGGCACUGGGGAAGAGCUGUUUGACCACAUCGUCUCCUGCAUCUCUGACUUCCUGGACUACAUGGGGAUCAAAGGACCCAAAAUGCCUCUGGGUUUUACGUUCUCAUUCCCCUGCAAGCAGACGAGCUUGGACGCGGGAAUCUUGAUCACCUGGACGAAGGGUUUUAAGGCGACUGACUGCGUGGGGAACGAUGUAGCAACGUUACUAAGGGAAGCGAUAAAAAGGAGAGAGGAAUUUGACCUGGAUGUGGUGGCUGUGGUCAAUGACACGGUGGGCACCAUGAUGACCUGUGCUUAUGAGGAGCCUACAUGCGAGGUUGGGCUCAUCGUAGGGACUGGCAGCAAUGCUUGCUACAUGGAAGAAAUGAAGAAUGUCGAGAUGCUGGAGGGGAAUGAUGGGCGGAUGUGUAUCAACAUGGAGUGGGGUGCCUUUGGGGACAACGGGUGUCUAGAUGAUAUCAGAACAAUCUACGACAGACUGGUGGAUGAAUAUUCUCUAAACGCUGGGAAACAAAGGUUCGAGAAGAUGAUUAGUGGUAUGUACCUGGGGGAGAUUGUCCGUAACAUCUUGAUUGACUUCACCAAGAAGGGGUUCCUCUUCCGCGGGCAGAUCUCUGAGACACUGAAGACUCGGGGCAUCUUUCAGACCAAAUAUCUUUCCCAGAUUGAGAGUGACCGAUUAGCGCUGCUCCAGGUCCGGGCCAUCCUCCAGCAGCUGGGCCUGAACAGCACCUGUGACGACAGUAUCCUCGUCAAGACCGUGUGCGGGGUGGUGUCCAAGCGGGCCGCGCAGCUGUGUGGUGCGGGCAUGGCUGCCGUGGUGGACAAGAUCCGCGAGAACAGAGGGCUGGACCACCUCAACGUGACUGUGGGCGUGGAUGGCACACUCUACAAGCUUCAUCCGCACUUCUCCAGAAUCAUGUACCAAACCGUGAAGGAACUGUCACCAAAAUGUAACGUGUCCUUCCUCCUGUCCGAAGACGGCAGCGGCAAGGGGGCUGCCCUCAUCACGGCGGUGGGCGUCCGGCUCCGGGAAGAGACGAGCAGCUAAGAGUACCGGCCCCCAGCCUGCUGCCCUUCCAGCACUUCUCUCUUGGGGCGGUGACCCCGUCCCUCCCAGUGAGCCGUGCGGGGGGAGCCGCCGGCGCCAGAGCCCGCCACCGCCGCAGCGGGGAGGGAAGCCGAGCCAGCUAAUGGCGCAUAACAUAGGGUACAGAAUAGAGCGUGUGCUGUUGAUAAUCUCUCCCCACUCCGGCCCCUCCUCACCUGCCCUGCCACUCUGCAUGAUCUGAUUUCAACCUGGUCGUACGCUCCCCACGUGUGAAGUUUAGUGGCGCCCAUUUCCAGUCUCUGCAUUCGUCUGACAGAGUUAUUUAUUGGCCCAAGAUGAAAAGUACGCCAUCCGCCAGGCCUUAUGGGGCCUCUGCAGCCCGUCCUUGGGGACACAUCCCCUGUGUGAAAUGUAUUAUCACCAGCAGACACUGCCGGGACUCCUCCUCCCAGGGGCAUCUUAGCUGCUUCCUCCCGUCCCAGCACCCACUGCUGUCUGGCGUCCCGAGGAUCCCAUCAGGACGUGUCCAUGCCACUGAGUCGUGUGUCCGUGGAACUGGUCAGAGCCACUUCGUGACAGUCUUGCAUUCUGUCUGUCUUGGGGGUGGGGGGAGGUGGGCAGUUCUGUGGGAAAGUGUCUUGUCUCCAUUUGGGUAAAAGGAACCAAACCAACAAACAGUGCCCUCAUUGGAAUUCCCCAUUGCUUUUGUGAGCCAUGUUGUAUGACCUAGUAAACUUUGUACCAAUUCCAA